AGGGAAGCCCACAGUGGGGUGAGCAGUCCCUGCCCGCCCCGUCUGGGACCAGAAUCGCUCUGUGAGCAACUUGGACAAGAGAGGAGAGGAGGAAGGAGAAGAAAGAGCCAGCCCUGCAGAGCAGCGCAACCGCUGCCUGUGCUGGGGUCUGUAGACCAAACAGCCAGACCCAGGGCUGCUGCCAACCAAGCAGCUCUCUCUCUCCUUGGGGAUGCUUGAGGAGUGAGGCCACUCCUCAACCCUGCAGCCUCCCACACCCUCCAUUCUCUGGACACUCCUGGAGCCUGCAACUGUCCUUCCAGCCUGAGUCCUCCCCAGUCGCUGCUGCCCUGUCUUCGGUUCAGCAAAGUCCUUUAGAUAAAGGGCAGUGGGGAGGACUUCCUGGAGUUGGUGACAGCCCAGAACCUUCCUCAACACAAGACAGUGGCCACAAGAGCAUAACCCCUCCCUGGUCUGAGGCCAAAGGGAAGACUGGGCUGAAGAAGUGUGCCACCACCCCAGUCCAAAAGAGGAUGCCCCCAGGUCACCAUCUGACUUCAGAGUGCCAUGUGGGCUCCAGUCUUUAAAGGCCGGAUGCUGUUGCUGCCCCUGCUGUUGCUGCUGGGAACCCAGGCCUCUCAGGGCCUAGUCAUCACCCCUUCAGAAGCAGAGUUUAUCCUCAACAUCUCCAGCACUUUCGUGGCCACCUGCAUGGGUUCAGCCCCGGUGGUGUGGGAACGAAUGUCCCAAAGUCUCGAGCAGGAAGUGACCAUGACUGAGAAUGGCAACUUUUCCAGUCGACUGACACUGGCCAAUGUCACUGGGCUUGACACAGGAGAGUACAUUUGUGUCUACAAUGGUUCCACAGAAUUAGAGCCCAGUGAGCAAAAGCGCCUUUACAUCUUUGUGCCAGAUCCCACUGUGGGCUUCCUUCCUGUCCAUGCUGAGGAACUGUUCAUCUUUCUCACGGAAGUCAGUGAGACUACAAUUCCAUGCCGGGUGACAGACCCACAACUGGAAGUGACACUGUAUGAGAAGAAAGUAGACGUGCCACUGCCUGUCCCCUACGAUCCCCAGCAUGGCUUCACUGGCAUCUUUGAGGACAAGACCUUUGUCUGCAAAACCAUCAUUGGGGACAGGGAGAUCGAAUCUGACGCCUACCAUGUCUACAGCCUCCAGGCCAAUCUGUCUCCAUCAGUGUCGUCCAUCAAUAUCUCUGUGAGUGCCGUGCAGACUGUGGUCCGUCAGGGUGAAAACAUUACUGUCAUGUGCAUUGUAACCGGAAACGAGGUGGUCAACUUCGAGUGGACAUAUCCUCGUAUGGAGAGUGGGCGCAUGGUGGAACCAGUGACUGACUUCCUCAUCAACACACCAUCACAUAUUCGCUCCAUCCUGCACAUCCCCAAUGCUGAAACGGGGGACUCCGGGACCUACAUCUGCAAUGUCUCUGAGAGUCUGAGCGACCAUCAGGAUGAAAAGGAAAUCAAUGUAACAGUUGUCGAGAGCGGCUUCUUGGUGUUUCUGGGGGAUCUGGACGCUGUACAAAUCGCCAAGCUGCACCAAAGCCAGACACUGCAGGUGGUGUUUGAGGCCUACCCUCCGCCUACUAUAGUGUGGUACAAGGACAACACCUCCCUGAGUGACCCCAACGCUGCCGAAUACUCCGUGACUACACGAAAUGUGUCCGAAACUCGGUAUGUGUCAGAACUGACACUGGUGCGAGUGGAGGUGGCUGAGGCUGGCAACUACACCAUACUGGCCCACCAUGAAGACGCUGAGGUCCAGAUCUCCUUCCAACUGCAGGUCAAUGUGCCUGUUCGUGUGCUGGAGCUGCAUGAGAACCAUCCCGCCAGUGGUGAGCAAACAGUGCGCUGCCUUGGGCGUGGCAUGCCCCAGCCACACCUUACCUGGUCUACCUGCAGUGACCUGAAAAGGUGUCCCCGCAAGCCACUGCCUACGCAUCUGGGAAAUAGUUCCGAGGUGGAGAGCCAACUGGAGACUAAUGUCACCUUCCGGAAGGAAGAGCAGGUGUUUGAGGUGGUGAGCAUACUGCGCCUGCCUCAGGUGGACCAGCCAGUGUUGGUGCGCUGCACGGCCAGCAACGGGCAGACUGACCACAUGCUGGAGGUCACCGUGGUGCCGCACACCCUCCCCUUCAAGGUGGUAGUGAUCUCAGCCAUCCUGGCCCUGGUGGUCCUCACAGUCAUCUCCCUCAUCAUCCUCGUCAUGCUCUGGCAGAAGAAGCCACGCUAUGAGAUCCGGUGGAAGGUGAUUGAGUCUGUGAGCUCCGAUGGCCAUGAGUACAUCUACGUGGACCCCAUGCAACUGCCCUACGACUCUACCUGGGAGCUCCCACGGGACCAGCUUGUGCUCGGACGCACCCUAGGCUCUGGAGCCUUUGGGCAGGUGGUGGAAGCCACCGCCCACGGCCUGAGCCAUUCCCAGGCCACCAUGAAGGUGGCUGUCAAGAUGCUGAAAUCCACUGCGCGCACAAGCGAGAAGCAAGCCCUCAUGUCGGAGCUGAAGAUCAUGAGCCACCUGGGGCCUCACCUGAACGUGGUCAACCUGCUGGGGGCCUGCACCAAAGGAGGGCCCAUCUACAUCAUCACCGAGUACUGCCGGUACGGCGACCUGGUAGACUAUCUGCAUCGCAACAAACACACCUUCCUGCAGCUUUACUCUGACAAGCGUCGCCCGCCCAGCGCUGAGCUCUAUAGCAACACCCUGCCUGUUGGCCUAGGCCUGCCCAGCCACAUGUCCCAUCCCAGGGAGAGUGACGGUGGUUACAUGGACAUGAGCAAGGACGAGUCGGUGGACUAUGUGCCUAUGCUGGACAUGAAAGGGGACAUCAAAUAUGCAGACAUCGAGUCCUCCAACUACCUUACCCCUUAUGACAACUACGUCCCCCCCGCUCCCGAGAGGACCUGUCGGGCAACUUUGAUCAACGAGUCCCCUGUGCUUAGCUACACGGAUCUUGUGGGCUUCAGCUACCAGGUGGCCAAUGGCAUGGAAUUCCUGGCCUCCAAGAACUGUGUCCAUAGGGACCUGGCAGCCAGGAACGUGCUCAUCUGUGAAGGCAAGCUGGUCAAGAUCUGUGACUUUGGGCUGGCACGGGACAUCAUGCGGGACUCAAACUACAUCUCCAAGGGCAGUACCUUCCUGCCCCUGAAGUGGAUGGCCCCCGAGAGCAUCUUCAACAGCCUCUACACCACCCUGAGUGACGUGUGGUCCUUUGGGAUCCUGCUCUGGGAGAUCUUCACGCUGGGCGGCACCCCUUACCCCGAGCUGCCCAUGAACGAGCAGUUCUACAACGCCAUCAAGCGGGGCUACCGGAUGGCCCAGCCCACCCACGCCUCUGAUGAGAUCUAUGAGAUCAUGCAGAAGUGCUGGGAAGAGAAGUUCGAGAUCCGACCCCCCUUCUCUCAACUGGUCCUACUGCUUGAAAGACUGCUGGGUGAAGGCUACAAAAAGAAGUACCAGCAGGUAGACGAGGAGUUCCUGAGGAGUGACCACCCAGCUGUCCUUCGCUCCCAGGCACGCUUGCCUGGUUUUCAUGGUCUCCGCCCCCCUCUGGACACCAGCUCUGUCCUCUACACUGCUGUGCAGCCCAAUGAAGGAGACAAUGACUACAUCAUUCCCCUGCCAGACCCCAAACCUGAGGUUUCCGAUGAAGGUCCUCUGGAGGGCUCCCCCAGCCUUACCAGCUCCACCCUGAAUGAAGCCAACACCUCAUCUACCAUCUCCUGUGACAGCCCCCUGGAGCCCCAGGAGGAGCCUGAGCUGGAGCCGCAGCCCCAGGAGGAGCCUCAGCCAGAGUGGCAGCCAAUCCCAAGCUGCCUGGGACCUCGGGCAGAAGUGGAGGACAGUUUCCUGUAGGGGGUGGGCCCCCCAAGCCUGCCCUCCAGAAGUUCCCCAUCUACAGCCCAGCACCCAGCACCUCCUGGCCUGGCCCAGCCCACCUUGCCUGUUGGCUUCUGCCUCCCACAGUGCCCCCUUCUGGAAAGCUUGUGCCCCUGACAUAUCAUCCCCCCCCCCCAAUCUAGGGACGGGCCUGAGAGGUCACAGGACUGCAGGGGCCAUGAGGCCAUGUGACUCUGAGCCAGGGUUCUCCCCAAAGGACUCAGUUUCCCUGUCUGUAAGGAGAAGUAGGCAUUCACUUCAUGGCUGACAGGUUGGAAUUACGAGGGUGAAGGCAGAGGCUUGGGGCUUAGGAGAUGAACUUUGCUCUGUCCCACUCUGUCAAAUGCUGAUGAAGGGACCCAUGGCUUUCUUUGCACUUUGAUCUGCACAGGAGCUGGGGCCAGGACCCUGGCAUCUGACUGAGCUGCAGUAGUGCCUCAUUCUGAAGCCUCUCCCCAUCCCUCCCCCCAUCCCCAUGCCAGUCUCUGCUUUCCUGGGUCCAAGCUGGUCUCGGGCCAUACAUGCUUCAUGAUGCCAGGGGGCUCAGUCACUUCUGAGACACCCUGGUCUGUAGCCACCUAGCCCCACACACUUGGGAUAUACCUUUCCAUAAGAAGUGCCUGUGUCCUAGUCUUCCAGGCCCUGGGAGUCCUGGAGUCAUUGUCCUCAUCACUGCCAGUCUGUCUCCAGGGCUGGGCAGGCCUCACAUCUGUAAUUGUGUGUUAGCAUGUCUUUAAGAAGCCUCCACACCAGUGGACCAGUGUCAGCCCCUCUCCUUGGCCUUGGAAGACUCUCUCGCUUCUCUCUGGAAACAGGUUUCCUCCUGGGAACAUGAGCAAGGCAAAUUCACUGACUUCUAUUGCCCUACCAGUGUGAACAUUCCAGAAUAUUCCAGAGCUUGCACAGUUGCUCGCACAAAGCAAAGGCAAACCUCCACCCUGAGAGUCAACAAAAGCCCAGGGAGGCCCCAGGCUACACACCAAACACUCUGGGCUUCCCUUCCCCAGGUCCCCAGCAAGUCUCAGAAGGCCAGCUGCCCAGACCUUGACUGGAAGUGGCAGCCAUUGUCUUGGGAAGGCCCCCUGACUGCUCCUAGCAACAUGGCAAGAGGACAGAACUCCGCUCAGCACCCACAGUGACUUCCUGGGCUAAAGAGGCAGGCAGAGAAGGGCACACUGGACUCACUGCCAUUAAAGUCUGUGCCAUUCCUGUGAUGGACAGUGCAGGCCCCUGAGGUCCCCAGAAGGGACAAGAAGCCUCAGAUGGGGAACCUGAGAAAGAGGCGCCAGAAAUGGGUAGUUGGGGGUGUUGUCUUCUUACUUGCCAGCUGCCUAGUACCAAAGGAUCUGGCUUCCUCACUGCCGGGCCUGUCCAUGUCACUGCCAGAUAAACUCCAGGCCAGCAGGCUCUGAGGUGCCAGGGGGCUGAGGUCAUGGCCAAGGGAACCAGAGGAGGUGAGAGAAGACCAACGCCUUACCCCAACAAUACCCCUGUGAUGGCUGGCAUCUCCCUAUCUAGCCCCCUAAAGCUUGAAGGAGGGAUUCACUAUGGUACCAAAGAUGUAAUCGCCUAGGUUUACAAAUAUAGUAGGACUCACAUUAACUGACGUUUAUACAACAGAUGUGCAUAUAUAUAUAUGAUGUCAUGUUUUCCUAUCUGUGUACUAUUUUUUAAGGGAAAGAUUUUAAUAUUAAACCCAGUGCUUUUCA